AUGUUUACCAACGACGGCUUCUAUCUGGAGCCCAGGCAGCAUGAAGAUCUCUCAUUCUCCAAAAUCUCGGACGAACAGGGGGGUGAUUUAAGAGGCUGCCCGGUCAGAAGUGAGCAGUUGCCGCAUGGGACGUACCAGUGCCUCCACAGUGAUCCCACUGAUUACCCACCAGCGGCCACCCAACCGACGUCCCUUCUGCCGGUCUACAUGCCCACCGGAGACGCAGCAGUCCUGCCAACGUCUACGCCCUAUCCCACCGACUGGAACUUCGACAAGGCGGUGGGCGGAUCCUGCACAAAUGUGCCCCGGACUUGGAGCCAGACUGGUGCCGUCUGCUCCGACUGCGUCGGAAGCAGUAACCAUGACUACCUGUCAACAGACAUGACUCAGGGCUGCGGCUACCUUCGGGGAUUUCUGGACUAUUCCCGUCAUUCUACUCCCGACCAGGUCACGUGGCCUGACCUGUCACAGGUUCCAUUCCAACCAUCUCCGGCACUGCUACAACAACAACAGCAGCAACAGUUAGUCGGCAAUGCGGACACAGUAGUUCUCCCGCAGGGACCCAGCAAGCCCUCCACGGGCACACGAACGGGCAAAACGGCCUUCCCCUUCACCGUGGGCGGCAGUGAGCUCAUGCUCUGCCCGGGGUUCCCUCAGGCCUGUGUGGGAGAAUACCAGGGUGAUGCGGAGACUAAGCCGCCCUUCUCUUACAUCACACUCAUUGCCUCAGCUAUAAUGUCGGCCAAGGACCAGCGAGCCACUCUGAGUGAGAUUUACGCCUGGAUUAUGCUGCAUUUUGCCUACUACCGUCGAAAUAUCCGUCGGUGAGUUGUGUUCACGCUGCUUUGUUUAUCCGAACCGGUGCGGCACCUUUUUAGUUCUGCAACCGCAAAUGUGCAUACCGAUAAAGUUCGCUGAGGUAAAAUAAAACAGAUGGUGCUACUGAGUGGAAAUCAGCCUGUUUUAGCUUAGCGGCUCUAUCAAGAGCUGAUGGUCAGUCCGGCUUGAAUAUUGAUUCAUCGGGUCUUCAAUGUCGGAGUUUUGGAAGCUGAAAGGACAGUCAGGUCAUUCGAAUGACCAUUAGGUCUAUUUCUCCUGCAACAGGGAACCGGAGACACCUCAACUGAAGUCUGCCCACCAGAGUUUCAGUUCUAUUGGAGAGCGUUUACGCUGAAAAGCUCACAAACAUACUCUAAGCCUUAUUCUUGAGUGUGGGCGCCUUUGAGUGGACGGAAUUGCUAGGUUGAAGUGGCGUUUUCAGGAGACCCGCUUUCAAACUAAUUCCAACUUGCUUUCCUGCGUUAUUACAGUGAGUGACCAAUCACAUGAAAUGUUGGCUGAAAUUCUGAAAUGCGUUUUCAAUUAGGAAGGAUUACUUGGGCGCGGUUGUAAUACCGACUAUCUUGCGGCAUAAUUCUAUAAUAUUUCGGACUUGGCAGGAUGUCAGCUUUUGAAUACACUGCUUUUCAAUCUCCUCUAGAAACCGUAUUCGGUAAAAAUGACUACUUAAGCAGCAUGCGUUUUUCCCAUUGAUUUUCCAUGGCCUUGCAAAUUCAAAUAUAUCUUAUAGAAACCACAAACAAGGUUAUGCUUUCUUUUAGUCAAUCAAUAGAGAGUCACGUCGUCUUUAUAUUUUAUACUUAAGGAAGGAGUAUAGUAAGGUUUUAGAAAAGUUUUCAAAUUGCCGAAUAAUAUGGGGCCUGAUCAUUCGUUGCAUUAGCGCUUAGUGAUUUCAGUCUACAAGGUGCAUGCGUUCCGCGGAAAGAAAAUCACAUGUUUUUCUAUGCCAUUAAAAAGAUAUUAUACAGAGUCCAUGAAAUUUUGCAAUGGAUGCGGCCUAUGUUGCACAUUUCAUGAGGAGCAGUGGUAAACGGUCAGGUACGAUGCUAUGUGAAUGGACAUUGCGCGGUCUUAAAAAAUCUCAUAAUUAGGAACAUUUUCAAAACCUAAUUAUACCCCUUCCUUGAGCAUAUAAUAUAAAGAAGACGUGAGUCCUUAUUAAUUGACUUAAAAAAAUUAUAUUUUUGUUUACGGCUUCUUCAAAAUAAAUUUGAAUUUGCAAGACCAUCGAAAGUCAAUGGGAAUGAUGAAUGCAGCGUAAGUAGUUAUUCUUUACCGAGUACGACUGAAAAGCAGUGUAUUCAAAAGACGACAUCCUACCGAGUCCGAAACGUGAUAAGAAUAUGCCGCAAGAUAAUCAGUAUAAUAAACGCGACCAAGUAAUCCUUCCUAGUCGAAAACACAUUUCAGAAUUUCAGCCAACAUUUCAUGAGAUCGGUCACUAACUUUACGUUAAUAUUUUACAGCAAAAUGGCAUCUUCGCUAGUAUUUACUUGCUUGAAAAGUGGGCCUCAUGUUUUACUGUUCAUAACUAUCCGUCAAGAAAUUUCGCACCUGUCUUAAACACCAGAAAAACCUCAGAUGUUCCAUCAGUUCUUGAGAAGGGAUUGACAAUUUCAGGUCCUCGUAGAAAUUCCGUCUACGCCGUGUGUAGCUUUUCUGAAACUUUACCUCAAUUAUCUUUCAGCAGUAUGAGCAGAAAAUAUUGAUAGCAUGUACUGGCGCAGAUCAGAAUCGCAUUGUAUGCUUCUAAGGAAUGACCAAAAAACGUUGGGAGAUUCCGUACAAUCAAGAAGCGUUCUAAGGCCAUCAGAAUUCUUUCCAUUGAGCAGAAUCCACAAAAAGAGUGCGAUAUCCCGUGAAAUAAUUGCAAAAGAUUACUUCUUGUGAAUUCUUUCUGGGAGCAUGAUUGACUUUGUGAAAGCCGUGCAGAGUGAUGAAGCGAUCUGGGCCAUUUGGGUAAAUAUUUUUCUUCCAAAAGUCGUGGUGACGAUUCUUUAAACCAGAGAGGGACAAGUUAUCGCGUAUGAUUUAGAUGGGGAUUAGAUUCCGUGCCAGUCCUCCCUGCAACGUCACACACGUAGAGUUUUCAACCGAGGCGGAGUAUUUAAAAAAUGCAGAAGACUUUUCCUGUUGUUACGAACGGCCGCGUCCAUCGCGUACUCCACGGAGCGGGUGCAGCAGCGGUGACGUGCGAACGAACUAGUUUACAGCUUGGCAGACUUGCACAGCAUCUAUUGCACUCAUACACCACUCACCUGGACCCGGUGCCAGGAAAGAUCCAAGAGCAUCGGAGGCGGGGUCGGACACGAUGGCUGACAGAGCCAAACAACCCGUCUACGCGUGCCACACACACUCGGAUGAAAUCCCUAAAAUACGGCAGUUCGACCGUGGCAAGCGAUGUCAUCCACCGUGUGCCCCACGGAAUGCGCGCAACACCAAUAACUUGUAUGUGAAUUAUGCUAUAAUGAGGGAGAUUUGCACGAUGUCUACGACAGUCCAGCCUCCAUCACCCCCUUCCACUGAUGGCAGACAAUGUCAAAACGACCGCAGAUGGGCUCGGGCCCGGCUAAACAGUCCAAUUUUUUAUUAUUGAGUAAUGUGUUGAUGCGUCGUGGCGAUGGAUUCCCCAGCGAUAAUCUCUCCCACGCAGCGGUCGGUUGCGCUGGCUGAACACCUACUGUAAGACCAAAAUGCGGUCAGAAAGCGCGACUGCCCUAAACCAUGUUAAUGAGACAGAAUAUAUGAGGACCGUCUAUGCAGGAAAUGAGUAAGAACGAAAUUUUAGGGUCCAUUCUGUCUUUUUUUAUUCCUGCUCGUUUCUGCUUAUUGCAUAUUGUUGCAUAAGAGAAGGAGGGAAACGUUUUUCAUACAGCACCCGAAGAGGGCUUUGAAAGACCGUAUACAACCAGUUGCUGCUGAUGCCACUUAGUUAGGGCACCUACAGUCAGCGACCAAUCAAAAUCCUGAAAUGCGUUCCCGACCAGAAUAAAUUACUCAGGCGCGGUGGUAACACUGAUCAAUGUGCAUUACAGGGGCAGGACACUUCGGUGAAGCCAGGAUGUCGAUUUUUAAUGAUACAUUUCGCCCAUCGCAUGCACAAACCCCACUUGAUAAGAAAUGACUGCUUACUUAGUAUGUAUUUUCGCACUGAUUUCCAUGCUCUUAUAAAGUGAAAUACGUCUUAUAGAGAACAUAUUCAAAAUUGUGCAAUGAUUUACCGUACUGACAACACAGGUAUUAGCUAAAAGCCCAGACACGCGUGUUUCGCCGAUCUUGUGCCGCUGCCUGACGCAGCUGCGAGGGGUUCGGCUCGUCAGUGGGUCCCCCAGCUUUCCCCGUGUGUUUUCUGGUAUGUGAACUCCAGUUUCAACUUGCCUUGUUAAAUUUCCGAGGAAAUUAAUGCGCGAACCUGAAGUAAAUCUUUCGAAACGGGCCUUUUCAAGCUUCCGAUUUGAAAAGAUCACUUAAGGAGGGCUGAAGAUUAAUUUUAUUGUCGCACAAAAUUGCAGUCACAAGAGGAUACCGGCUUUUGACGUAACCUCUUUUAGGCCAUCUGCGAAAACUAUACUUCGAAAAUAAUGAUCACUUGUGUAGUAUACAAUUUUCUCUUUGAUUCUCAAAGUCCUUAUAAAUUCAAUUACAAUGUAUAAAGAGCGUGCAGCGGAAUGUGCUUUCGUGCUCAUUUAGUAGCUAAUUACGUCAUUUCAAAAUUUGUACUUCAAUAAAGGGUGCCUUUUGGCUAUAAAAACGUUUCGUACUAUGAGAUUUUUUUGAAGACCGUGAAACGUCUAUCCAUAGAGCAUCCCAUCAACAUGUUUACUGAUGCUACUUAUACGGUAAACAACCUGGUCUACAUCCAUUGCACAUUUUUACAAAUGCUAUAUGACAUCUUCCUAGCAACAUAAAGAAAUGCGUGCUAUCCCUUUAAUGGCAGAAGAGCGUAGGAUUUUCUAUACACGAAGAGUGUACAACUUAUAAAGUGGAAGGGGAAGGUCAGUACACCCGUUAGUAGCCUAGGGGCCAGUAAACCACGACUCAAGAAGUUCGCGACUCACGUGAUUGUCACUCCCAGCGAAAAUUUCGACCUCGUUAAAUUUAAAUGUGUGACUGGAUCUCAUAGAAUGAGUCGCAGAUUGAGAGCUAGCGUCAUUUCUCCGUACUGCUGCCGCGUGUUCGCUAUUCGCAUUCGGAAUAGUCUUUCAGUCUCUUCGACGUGGGCGCUUUGUGCGCAACUGCACCAGGUUUAAAAAAAUCAUAAUUAUAAACUUCAAAAGACGAUCUGGCGAGCUUGCGUAAGCAUUCGACAAAUUCUCAUCAGGCCUAUACAUUAAUAUUACUAUCGAAAUGACUAAAAGCAAAAUACGGGCAAGCGGAAAAAUAGUUUCGAUACAGUUUUGUAUGAGCUGUAUUUCAGUUUAUAAGAGCAUGGCAAAUCAGUGCGAAAAUGCAUACUAACUAAGCAGUCAUUUCUUAUCAAGUGUGAUUUGUACAGGUGGUCGGUAAAGAGCACAUUUAAAAGCCCACAUCAUGGAAUGACUGAAAUAUCUUGAGCUUGUUUUGCUCGCUAAUCAAUAUUACCAUCACACCUAAGUAAGAGUUCUUAAUUGAAAAUGCGGUUCAGAAACUCGACAAACAUUUCAGGGGAGCACGCUUCCCCAGGAAUUGGACUUCCUUGUGACGUAAAUGUGGACAGACAGUGGACCAGCUGACAAGUUGGACUGGUUUUUUAAUACAAAAUUAAAGUCUACUCCUCAGCAUUGUCCACCUGGAGAGGGGCGUUUUAGUAAAAACAAAAUCUGCCAUUUGGCAGGUGUACAACAAAGGGGGGAAAUAUCCACGCGGCGAUCUAAACGCUUUUAGCCCAGUGAGCACAGCUUCGUGCUUAAAAGAAAUGAAGAGGCAGGCUCACCACAAGUAACAUGCGUAAUCGGUCCCAACUGGUUGAGUUUUUUUUUAACGUGCACAGUUGCACAUGAAGGAUGAUGGUGGACUUGUUGUCAUAGCUUCGAAGGGAGACGGAGGGAACAUUUCAUAGCUGGAAACUUUUGGAUAUUUUUAAGCACUCCCAGAUCGUAUGACGUUUGCCUGGUGUCCACGACAAGAUGGGCUAAAUGGGUACAGACGAUUGGUAGGUAGUACAGCAGAUUGCAUGAAAUGUUAACCAAAAUUCUGGAAUAUGUUCUUGAUUUGAAGAGAUUACUCAUAUAGGGUUGCGCUACGAAUCAUCCAACAGCCUAAUCGCAAGAAAUUUCAGCCGCAGCAUGAUGCCGGCUCUUAAAUGACUCUCUCUUUGGCCAUCUGCGAAAACUACACUCUUUAAUAAGUAACUACUUAUGUAGUAUGACAUUUUCCCAUUGAUUUUCAAUGUCUUUAUAAAUUCAACUAUUUUUUAUAAAAAACUUGUACACUUGUUCACUUAGGGUUUCCAAACUACAGGCCGAAUACAUUCCUUCGAAGGAAUAGCACACAUUUCUUUAUGUUGCUAGGAAGAUGUCAUAUAGCAUUAGUAAAAAUGUGCUCUAUGGAUAGAGGUUUCACGGUCUGCAAAAAAUCUCAUAGUAAGAGUUUUUUUAAAAGCCAAAAUGAACUCUUUAUUUGAGAAUAAGUUUUGAAAAGGGCGUUGUUAGCUGCUAAAUGAGCACAAAAGCACAUUUUGUUGCACUUUCUCUUCGCUCAUCUGCGAACACUUCACUGCUUAAAAAUUAACUACUUAAAUGGUAUGAAAUGUUCCCCUUUAUUUUCGAUGUCCUUAUAAAUUCGACUAUAUUUUAUGGAAACCUUGUACAAAAAAUAGUUUUUCUUGUAAUCAUUUAUUAGAAAAGAACGUCUUCUUUAAAAUUUUGCACUUGGAGAGAGAGAGAGUAUCUUUUGGUUUUUACCAGCUUUUCCAGUUUGUGGCACACUUGCCGAUACACGUUCACUUAGGGUUUCCAAACUAUAUGCUGUAUACAUUUCUUCAAAGGAAUAGCACACAGUUCUUUAUGUUGCUAGGAAGAUGUCAUAUAGCAUUCGUGAAAAUGUGCAAUGGAUGUAGAUCAGGUUGUUUACUGUAUAAGUAGCAGCAGUAAACAUGCUGAUGGGAUGCUCUAUGGGUAGACGUUUUAGGGUCUUCAAAAAAUCUCAUAGUAAGAAAAGUUUUUAAAACCAAAAUGCGUCCUUUAUUGGAGUAAAAAUUUUGAAAAUGGCAUAAUUAACUACUGAACGAUCACAAAAGUACACCGUGUUGUACGCUUUCCAUACACUGUAAUUGCAUUUAUAAGGACUUUGAGAAUCAAUGAGAAAAUUGUGUACUACAUAAGUAGUCAUUUUUUCGAAGUAUAGUUUUUGCAGAUGGGGUAAAAGAGGUUAAUUCAAAGGCCGGUAUCCUGCUGUGACGCAAUCUUACGCGGCAAUAUAUGAAAUAUUGCAACCCUACCUAAGUGAUCUUUUCAAAUCGGAAGCACAUUUCAGAAUUUCGGCCAACAUUUCAUGAGGGUCUGCUUUGGAAAUGUCUAUUACUCGGCAUGCGAUCUUAGGCAGGUAUUCAGUUUAAGAAAAUUAUAAGUAAAGUACGGGACAGUCACCUGGGACGAAUGUUUAUUGGAAGGAUGCAGGUACAAACGUAUAUAAUUAGAUUAGUGAAACACUCCAGGGUACCCAACGGAAGGAGUUGUAUAAUUUAGAAUAAAUGUACAGUAGUGGUCUAACUCAUGAAAUGUCAACAGAAAUUCCGAAAGGCGUUUUCGUUUCAAAAAGAUUAAUUAAGUAGAGUCGUUAAACAUAUCAUCGUGAAGCAUAAUUUUAAAAUAUUUCAGUUACUGCAGGAUGCCGGCCUUCGAACAAUCUCUAUUCCAGCUGCAUUCAAGGACCAUACUCCGUAAAAAAUGAUUACUUAAGUAGCAUGGAUUUUUUUUCAUUGAUUUUCGAUUCCUUUAAAGAGUAAAUUAUAUUUCAUGGAAAACACGCAUAUAAAUAUUCAUUGUUUUUCUCAUUCAGUAGAAAGUUAUGUCUUCUUUCGAAGGAAGGGUAUAAUUCGGCUUUUAAAAAGUUUAUAAUUUUAAGAUUUUUUGAUACCGUGAAAUGGCCCUUCUUAAAACGCCAUGUCUCUGCAUUUACCAAUGUGGUUUGUAAAAUUAAUAAUGUGGCUCAAAUCUACCACUUAAUUUUAUGAACUCAAUAUGGUCUCCUCUUAAUACCGUAGAGAAAUGUAUGGUUUUCCAUACGCGGAAAUCUUGCAGCUUGGGAACCCUGAAUGCAAGCGCAACGGCAGGUCUGGUUCAAAAUUAUUCGGGAAUUGUAAAAGUUUUAUAAAACCAAAUUAUACCAUUCCUUCGAAUAAAAAAUUGAAAGAAGACGUAAUUUUCUAUUAAAUGAGCAAAAGAAUGAAUAUUUUUGUGCAUGUUUUCUAUGAAAUAAAAUGGAAUCUUUAAAGGAGUCGAAACUCAAUGAAAAAAUGCAUGCUAAUUAAGUAGUCAUUUUGUACGGAAUAUGGUCUUUAGAUGCACCCGAAAAAAGUUUUUUCAAAAGCUGGCCUCCUGCAGCAAUUGAUUUAUUUUCGAAGUAUGCUGAACGAUAAUUGGUUUUACAACCCUACUUAAUGAAGCAUUUCGAAACGAAAACGCAUUUCAGAACUUCUGUUGAGAUUUCAUGAGCUAGCCCACUUACUGUAUGUACAGAUGGUCAAGUGUAUGACUUGUUUUGAAAGUAUUUAUCUUGGUAGAUCAAAAAGCACGAAGGAUUUGUUAACAGAAGUGAAGAGGCGAGCUUCAGAAAGUAUACAAGGAGAAUAAGACAAAAUCGCUGGAACAAGUGCUUUAUUAGCCUGACGUUUCGGGUUCUCACUCGAAUCCAUCAUCAGAGACAGAGUCCCAAAGGGUAAUGGAUUACCCAGAUGUUGCAAUAUUUAUAGGAUUUAAUUGCUAGGCCGCUACAUGCCUACCACAGUUGGCAGCUCCCGAGUUCAUCACAGCUCGACUGGCCAGGCGAUGAAUUAUGCGGUUGUUAUGCGCUUGUGUGCUAGUCAAAAUUAUCGGCUCCCACGCUGAUCACACGCAGACGAGUUGCUGACUGUCGGAUUUCGUCAUCUGUGUGGACUCUUGGACAAUUUGGCUCGCCGAAAUUGAACCAGGAACAGUGUUCGUCUGCCCGCUUUCCUAGGGGUUUACUACUUUGACCAGGUAAAGUCUCAGCACCGAAUAUGGAGAGGGAAGUUCAUUGCGUUCGUUGAUUGAUUGAUGACCGAAAACCAGGACUCGAGCAGUUCACGCCUCACGCGGUUGUAGCCUCUAGCAAGAAUUUCUGUUUCGUGAAACUUGGAUAUGUGGUUGGGCCGCGACUUGGGAUUUGGCGUCGUUCCUCCUCACUGCUGCCGCGUGCUCGGCAAACCGCGUCCGGUUUAGUCUUCCGGUUUCUCCGACAUAGUUGCUUUGCCCACAACUGCACCGGAUCCGGUUAACAAUUCCAGAUGUUUCCCGUCGUAGUAGUGGGUCUUUCGACCUCAUAAUCUGGCGCCUUAUGGUUGCCUCCGGUGUGUGUGUGUGGCAGUUGCCAACUGUGAUAGGCAUAUAGUGACCUAGAAACUACAUCCUAUAAAUAUUGAAACACCUGGACCAUCCACCACCUUUAUCUGACUCUGUCUCUGAUGAUGGAUUCGAGUGAGAAUCCGAAACGUCAGGCUAAUAAAGCACUUGCUCCAGCGAUCGUGUCUCCUGUUCUGCGACACGGAGGUGUCUAUACGACUAUACCGAAAAGGACAUAUGUAAACUGAGACCAGAUUUGUGUGAGUCUUCCAGCCCCGAAUUUCCUACAAAAGUCGAUUAAAGCAAAGACGGAUCUUUCGUUUCUGCUUGGCUAUUAUACUAUUUCUGGUCAGGAGGCGGCCGGGAUGGAGGACGCGCUUUACGUGUGUUCUCAAGGUCGUAUCUGGCGGCAUGUUUAACACUCGGUGCGGUGGGUGCCUGUUGUAUAAAUUUUUCGAGUGGAGGUCAAUGAGGAAGGGGUAGAGGGGUGGGUAGGCGGGAGGCGGAGGAGGACUUUGGAAGUGUUAGUUUUUAAAUUGUCGCACUCAGAGCAUAGCAGGCACCAAGGCUCCAGGGAUCAGGGUGCAGAGACAUGCGGCCAAACAGUCCCGAGCCCCAGCCACUGAGGUCAAUAAGGGGGAAGAUGGCUGCAUGCCAAUUCGGUCAAAUUUUGAAUAACUUAGCGCACAUUGUCUGAAAAUGAAUGAAAGUCAUGCCAGACUUAGACAAGUUAGCUAGUCCCCAGAUAUUUGGUAGGGUUGCUUUGGUGAUUCGCCCUCCCCCGGCUUCUUGUGGACACACCCAAUCAGAAGAAGCUUCGCGAAACCCACCUGGACGUUUGGACACCAAAUUACCGUGCGACAUUUAUAUAGGUGUCAGUCUGGUCUAAUAAGAAGUGACUAUGACCUUCAGUGUAGUAGUAAAGUCAAACGUGCAGUUUUUUGCGCCAAUAAACGAAGGUUAGAGUGAAACGUAACUUCUGUAGAAUUCCUUGUCAGACGAGUGACGCGUAUAAACCAAAACAGAUUUCGAUGUAUAUACGGUACUAUUGAUAGAAUAAGGUAAUAAUGCAAAAGGUACAAACCUUAACAAUGGAUACCCUAGACAAAGAAUUCUUUUGUUACUGUUCGAGCAAAUCGAAUUCCCAGCUCAAGGUCAGAAUACAAAAACUAGUUAAUUAAAAGCACGCCGAUCACGCUCGAAAGAGGGUUACAAAAAGGUGGAAGGGGAAUGUCAACAGGGGCAAAAUGUGGAAGCACUUUCGAGGAAGGCGUGGAGAAUUCCAAGCGUUGACCAGCUGGAUACAACAACCCCAAUCUCCUGAAGUAGACCCCCAGAUCUCACUAUAUCCCGUGAACGCAGCAACAUUCGACACCACUCCGAGGCCGUUGUUUAAUGUUGCUCAGGAUGUUUAUAAGAACGGUACCUACAGAACCAACCCCAGCCCCAUAUUAGUCUGCGCACUUACAAACUGGGCACUUCCUAUUAAACGUUGAAUCGUUUGUGAACUGAAUCUUGGCCAUAUGAUUAAACUCUCUACUAUAUAGUAGAUGUAAAACCCUAUAAUUUGCCGUACAAACUUACUACGUCUUAUUUUUCUGCGGUUUUACGGCGUACGCUGCCACCGAGGAAAUAAAUAAGGUAAGCGCACUUUUGGACGUAUCGUUUUUGUGGCAGACAGUCAAGUGUCGGCAGAACCAUUGAAUUCCAAGGAAAUGAACAUUAUGAACAGAUGCAAUUUUAGAAGUAUCACUUGUGAUGUCCAUAGACGAAUAUAACAUCUACCCAACGAAAGUAAAUGACAAUCAUACAAGCGUGGAUUUCACAGGGGGAAGGGGUUGGUGGUUAUACUUCAGCCUUGUCUAAACUAAUGAGCAAAUGCUUUGAGAUUAAAGAAAAGGAACAGGCAAACUGCACGAGUGACGAGAAUUACCCUCUAGGAGAGGGCAAGUUUAUUAGCAUCUAGUUAGAAUAUCCGGUGGCUCGUUCAGCAUGCUUAACCGGAACCGUCGCCAUCUGGCACAACGGCAUCUCGAAGCAAACAAGUUUCGUAUGGAUGAUAGGGGUCACGAACAGGCAACCACCUACUAGGCCGAAGUCGGUCAAGCUAUGAUGGCAGAGGGGAGACAACAGAGUCUGGGGGAUAGCACUGUUUCGGGCUUGUUUGCCUUCAUUCAGCCAAUCGUAACCCUGACCAGCUACUGUGGUUUAGCCAGUUUGAAUUUGCCUUUAAGGAUUUUGUAUGUGGCAUUUAGAUCGAUAUGCCGAAUAAUGCGUGCCUCAUCUGAGCAUAUUGCUUCCAGGAAUUCGCGGCCCUCAUUGAGCAGGAGUCAACAAUGCGAGUGUUCUCCCAUGCAAAUUGGUGUCCAAUGUGUGCAUAGCAACCUGGGAUAUAUGGCUGCGUCUCUUCACCGCUAACUGAUGUUUGUUUAUACGGGUUGGGACGGAUUUUCCAGUUUGGCCAUAAUAGACGGCAUUGCAGCUGGAACACGGGAUUUUGUAGACAACACCUUUUCUUUCGAGGGAGCCAACCCUGUCCUUAGGGUGCACAAGCUGUGUGCGUAAGGUAGUUGCCGGUUGGUGUGCUACAUGUAUCUGAUGUUUUUUAGUUUUCUUUCGACUAGUUCAGAUGCAUUUUUCACACAUGGAGAGUUCGCCAGAUGGUUAGUUUUGGUGUCCGAGUGGCCGUAGCAUUUAAAAUACCUUUUUCCUUGAAUUGCUGGUGCUCACGCAUUGACGUAUAAAGUCAUUCGGGUGCCCAUUUUGGGAAAAUAGUUUGUAGGAGUAUUUCUCUCAUGCUUGAUAAUUUGUUUCGUCAGAGCAAUGAGUUUGCGCUCGAUUUAAAAGGCUGUAGACUGUACUUUGUCUGUGAGAGACAGCGUGGUUACUCUCAAAAUGUAGGAUGACCUCUGACUAUGCCUCUUUGCGAUAAACUGAUGUGUGGAGUGAUCCAUCAAUUUUUCGACGUACAAGGACAUUCGGGUCGCAAAUCUAUCAGGUUACGUAUAGAGCGUUGAAUUGUACUUACCGUUCACUGUCCAAAGAACGUGGGUUCGGACCCGGGUUCCCCAUAUUUUGAGGUUGCGUAUUACUGGUUGGCGACAACUGAUAAGCCAGAAAUGGUCAUUCCACUUCCCUUUGUGUCUGUCUGCGCCGCUUUCCCUCUGGGAAAGAUUCUGUGCUGUGGUAUGUUAUUACCGACAAAGACAAGGGAGACUGGAAUGGCCAUUUCUGGCUUAUUAGCCGUCGUCAGCCAGUCAUACCCAACCCCGAAGUGUGGGACACUCGAGGCUCGAACUCGCAACCUGUUUGUUAGAAGUCCACGCCUCUAACCACUGGACCACGAGCCGUUGCCAUGUCGGUCUUCGAUCGGGAAUAUACAACGGUAGGGGGUGCUCACCGAUCGUUCUUACGGAACUCACUCGUUCGAGCCUCGGCUGUUCCACACUUUGGGGUUGGAUAUGACUGGCUGACGACGGCUAACAAGUCAGAAGUUACCAUUCCAGUCUCCCUUAUCUUUGUCGGUAAUGCCAUUCUGUCUAUAUCAUGCGCCGCUGUGCGGCUGCUGGUUGGGCCCGAAAGAGAGCCCGUAAGGCAAAACGGAACGAGUGAGUUCCAUAAAAACGAUCUGUGAGCGCCCCCUACCAUUCUGUACUGUGUAAAUUUUCUACAUUUAUCCCCAGUGUUUUCUUCACACGCAAAGCAAAUGUACCAAAACUGCUGGCAUUGUAGGUGCAAUUGGUUAGUUGUUUGAAUCGUUUUCUUGAAAUGGGUGCCUUAGAGAUUUUUCAUAAGAAAGCGAGCGUCGGAAAGAAAGCAAAUAGGUCGUUCUGGUCAGGGCUUCGAAGCAAAUACGUGGCGAACUCUCUCUAUUACACUAAGAAUUUGAAUGAACUCGCUGGAGGGCACCUGAGGAGAUACCAGAUAUAGGUGGCACACAAACCACUUACACACUUAGCUGGCACACCCUAAUGGUAGGGUUGGCUACCUGAAUAGGAGGGAAAUAGUAUACAGUAUCCUAUGUGAGAACUGCGAUACAGUUUACUAUGGUCACACUGGAAGAUCUGCCUCUACACGUAUUCACGAACACCAGUUGGCAGUAAAGAGGUGAGACCACCUGCCCUAAUUGACCAUGCCUACCGGGCGCAUCUUCGUUUGGGACAAAACUUGCAUCGUCGCUGUCUGUCCUUUCAAGAAUGGCCGAGAGUUUCCGGGGGGGGGGGCAUGUACUGGGAUAAAUCAUGCCUCAGCCGGCAUAUCGCGUUGGGUGCUGCGUACAAAAAUCACAAGGAGAAACGGGAGAGGCGAGGGCCAGUCAGAACAGGGUGAUGCACAGGGCGGCCGCACACAAACACCAAGCGAGUGUCGAUUUUUUAAAGUGCACUUUCAAUGCAAACUGUUUUUUGGCGCAUUUGCUCUGUGCAUGACCACGACCUGGGAAAGCGGCGUCGAAAAUUCAUACGAUAAAGUUCCUUUUCCCAGUGAACAGAGUUGACUUCAACUUAUAUUACUUGGGGUGCCUACCGUCCAAAAAUACGCAUUUAACGCUGAAUGAGUGUCUUUGUCCUUUUCUGACUGACUCUUGAUUGGGAUUGCAAGAUGAAACUCGACGCCCCUAUUCUGUCUUAUAAUUUAGUCGAAUUGACGAAUGUCACUCUCAUACGGAUGUGACUAGCCCCGAUCGCAGUCGACAGAAGUUAGGUCUGGGACUCAAACUUCACAACUAACUGAAUUUCGGUUCAAACUUUGUGCUCUUUCGGCCGGCGUUUGGGCAUGCCUUACCGACGGUGGCAAACAGACCAUCAAUGACCUCUCAGAUCUACCUUGUCUCUUCUGGUUAUAUUCACCGAAUUUCGUGACCUCAAGUUUCAUAUCAUCCUCAAGGGCGGAACUAAGAAAGGCCUCAUUAAUUUCACCUACACUUUAACUAGGCUUGUUUCGAAUAUGAUUUUUACUGACGGACUAGAUACUAGGAUCAGCAUGCAAGAGGUCAUGUUGAGAAGGCUGCCAUGCCUUGAGCUUGCAGCUGACGCUUUGAAAAUUCACUCACAUUAAUAACAGGGGCAUACCUUAGUUUCAUGUAUGUAAAAAGUAGACAACAUCUGGGCAUCUCUGAAAAGCGUAUUUACUGAAUUCCUCGACUGGCAAACAUGCCAUUGAUAUAACCACAAAGUGCUCUUAAAAACGUUUCUGUUAGGUCAAAAUAAUUGAUCAGUUUAAGCAAUGGCAAAAUUGCCUGAACCAAAAUUCUUGCAGUUAUUUUGUAAUAGAUCACAUACCUGAGUCAGAGAAAUUUCAACAACGCGGUCGAAUGUCACCGAGUAGCGGGCAUUUCGACUCAAAUGGGAUAAUUAGCAACCGUAGGGGGAAGGACCCCAUUUAGCUGUCAGUAGGCUGUGGAUCGUGCUAUAUAGGGUUUUAUUUUGGAAUCCAUUUGCAGGCCGGUGCGGGCAUUACACUGCCAACAACAAUUGCUCCCCAAACCUCAAACAAUUACUCAAAUUCCGUUAUUUUUUGUAAAUUUGCCUUGUGUUUAUUUUUCAAUUAACGCGCUCAUUUCCCUGCCAUAUGACGACGUACGAUAGGACUUUCGGCAGAAAUCUCAACAAUUUCUGUGUUUUCUUGCAUUUCCUCGGUCUACUGUUUGGCGUGUUGUCUUACCCGUAAAAUCCCCACUACCAUCAUUCACGUUUGACACGAUCCACAGUCUGUCGAGAUUUAAGUGGGGUUCAUCACCGGACCGUUGCCCACCGGCGAUUUCAGUUCAGAUGCAUAUCGGUGGCUUUGGUACCUUUAGGACAGUGGUCACUACUACCUGUUAGUAAAGUUGGAAAUUUGUUUGUUUUCAUUUUUUCGUAUGAACUAGGACCUCCAAUUCCAUAAAGCACAAGGCCACUUCUUUAAGAGCCGGCACGCUUUCAAAGUUAAAUGAAUAAAACUACGCUUAUGACAGGACAGCCGUCGGGGGCACAUUUUUGGGUAGAGUCAAUUUUCUACAUGCCGAACUGUUUGCCUACUAGCGCAGAAAGGGUUGUCAAGCUCAGAUAACUGAUGAAAACUGGUAAUUAUCAUACAAGUCACUGAAAUAUGAUUUUUUGAGAAAACGCAUCCAGGGUGGCUGGGUAAGGCCAGUACGGCCAACUGCAUAAAUAAAGUCAAGAUGCCAUGCCACGAUUUGAACUCGACAUGCGUGAGCUUUUUGGUUCGACUUGUAAUCCACUUCGAUCGCUGAGAAACUUUGUCGGUCACGGGAAUACGGACCUCCCCCCCCUCAGUACUAUAGGUGACCUUGUGUUUAAUUCCAGUGAUUCUGAUUCUCGUGUCCUACCUUUAACCUUAACUCCAACAUUCAAUUCACAUAAAAUCUCCCAUCGACAUAAACGAAUUCAGAGCCCUGAACGGGGAAUUUUUCGCCGAUUAGCGACAACCAAAAAUCUGAGACAAAUAGUGUCCAGAGGCUAAGGGCGCAGAUUAUGGGUGCAAAUCAAAAAACUGACGAAUAUUUUCUUGUAUUUCCAACAUUUCUAACAUUCUUUUAUUUUCUGAAAUUUGCAUUUUGUUUAUAUUUUACCUAACGCGCUCAUUUUCGCUGCCACACGAAAGCGUGUGAGAAGGCAUUCGGUAGAAAUCUAAACAAUUUCUGCAUUUUCUUGCACUUCGACAGCUUACUGUCUGACCUGCUGCCCCACCCGUAAAACCCCUAUUACCCCCAUCCCCGUAUGACGCGAUCCACGGUCUACCGACAGUCAAGUGGGGGCUUUCACUCUACUGUUGCCUACUUUAUUGCCUGUGACAUUUCCUCAUCGACUUAGAGGGACCAAGACAGAGAGUCCCAUGACCUAAAACCAUUACUCAAAUUCAGUUAUUUUCGGUAAACUUGCUUUGUGUUUAUUUUUCACUUAACGCGCUCAUUUCCGCUGCCAUAUGAAGACGUACAAUAGGACUUUCGGCAGAAAUCUCAACAAUUUCUGUGUUUUCUUGCAUUUCGUCGGCCUACUGUUUGGCGUGUUGUCAUACCCGUCAAAUCCCCGCUACCAUCAUUCACGUUUGACACGAUCCACAGACUGUCGAGAUUUAAGUGUGGUUCAUCACCCGACCGUUGCCGGAUACUUCAUCGGUCAGUCCUUGCUCGACCCAGUUAUAAGCCUGCUUUUCUCACGAGGAGCUAGAGAGAUCGAAUGCAGGUCGCCAACUUGAGUUGUGACUGUAAGUAAUCAAGGGAACCACCACAGAAACGUCUUUCAUCCAGACUUUACCGAUGUAAGGCAGCUGUUGGAGGGUGUUCUGACGAUGUUUGGUCCUGCAGCCCCACCUGAAUGAGACUCAUACGACUAGCUUUCUAAAACAAAUUUGUAGAAGGGAAUAUGCUGACUUCACAUAUAUCCUGUAUUUGCAUUUUCCUUACCAUUAUAAUCUGGCGAGUGACUGUGCCACUGGGGUAGGAGUGCUUAUACGCCAGUCCCGGUUACUUCCGGUAUCAGUUCACACGUGCUUCCCUGCGCGUGCAUCGAGCCCUGCUUGCGCCCUCUAUAUCAUCUCAAUCUAGCGAGCGGCUAAGUAGAAUUGCUAAUGGAAUUGUUUGGGGGAGGGAGUGUGGAAACCCGUCGGUUCCACUUCCGUGGCCAUGCACUGUGAACUACCCCGCGGUUCCCUCCCGUGGCCCUCCAGUUGUGAUUGCGCCAUCCUCAUCUUACUAAUCCAGCCAGUGGCUGUCGGGGGAAAGCGUGUACAUGCCACCUUCACUGGCUUCCUCUGCGCGUGUUUAGGGCUGUGCUUGCGCUCUCUUUCCCUUCCUAAUCCAGUGAGUAGCUAAUUUAGGUAUGCUAUCUAAUAUUGUUUUAGUAAGCUAACCAUACGGUAUCAAUCAGGUGGGGCUGCAGAACCAAACCUCGCCAGUGUUCCUUACACCUACUUGACAUGCUUAUAUACCUAACUUCAUAAGGCCUAUGACGUACUGAUGAUCGGUAAUGACCGUGAAACAGCUGUUUGCGCCUGGCCUGUUGCACUCUUAAUGAGCUGCCUAUGUAUUAUAUGUGGUUGUGUCCUAUGACACAGUAUUCGCUGUCGCCAGUAGCAAGCUGACGGGCGGACAGAAUGGGAUCGAGUGAGAUCCUAACCACAACAGUGAGUGUCAAACGCCUAUGUAGUUCAGAAAAUGUAGGAAAUGCGGUUCAAAGCGCACCUAGUGAAUGUUGCUCACUGCGGAUUUAUCUCACGAGGAGGACAGCCAGCCUAAAACAUCGGUUAAUUUUUUUGAAAAUAAAUAAAUUUCCACAGGCGGCAAAAGUAAUCUCCUUUGCACCCUAUUUUUGAAGCAGCUCCGCCAAACAUGUUGUUACUUAUUUUGAGCAAAUAUUCGGCUUUUGUCGAAAGCACAUUUUAUAAGUCGACCAACCCUUCUAAACUUGUCACAGAUUCUUUUUUUUCAGAGCAAGGGCACUUGCUAUGUCAACAGUGUUUUAGAAUAUGCAAAGUCCGACGGGAACGGCGUUAGUUGAUUUGACCUGACUUCACGGUGAUAUACGGAUGCUGCAGUCUAUCCUGACAGGGAGGGGGGGGGGUAGGUUAAUUUCGGAGGAUAUCAGACUGCGACGAAAAAUUGAUUUAACAUGACUACUUCCAGUUUCCCCUACCCUCGUCAGUAAUCAUUGUUGGCUAGAUUCAUUUUCCAAAACCACACCCAUCGAUUUCGGCCCGCCACCUGAACGUACUCAGCGACCCUACACAUCUCAGAGCUCCACCAAUCACGUGCUCGCGCAGUGCGUCUGAGCAAAGGCACUUCGUUACAAGAAGGCUUGGGUCCACGCACAUGCAACUCCCCGGCUUACAGUACAGUUUCUUGCAAACUGUCAGCGCGUUCCCGCUUCCUGUCAGCCAACUUGUCAUUACGGUCCAGGCAGCCAUAAACAAAACCGAUUCACACCAGCGUCAGCAGUGAACCCAACGGCAUUGGCCGGUGCCAAAUAAAUUUCGCCUGUCACACAACUGGUCAUACGUGCGCACACGCGCGCGCGCGCUCAGCUACCGACCCUCCCCCCGCGGAAACUGCUAGCCGGGGGCUUUUACUCAACCGCCGGUGGACCGAACGCACACACAAGGAAGAGCAGCCAAAUACGUGCCCUCGUUUGUCUAAAUUGUAUUAUUCCAGCAGAAGCAUUGCAGUGAGUGACCGAUCUCAUGACGUGUUAACUGAAAUUCUGAAAUGGGUUUUCGAUUCGAAAGGAUUACUUGGGUAGGGGAGGCGGUUGUGAUACUGAUUAUCACACGACAUAAUCCCACAUUAUCUCGAACUCGCCAGGGUGUUGGGUUUUGAAUGCACUUCUUUUCGACCUCCUGUUGAAGUCGCACUCGGUAGAAAUGACUACUUAAGUAGUAUGCCCCCACACUGAUAUUCCGUGUUCCUACAGUGCGUGACCUAUCUCAUGAAAUGUUGGCUGAAAUUCUGAAAUGCGUUUUCGAGUAGGAAAGAUUACUUGGUCGCGGUUGUAAUACUGACUAUCUUGCGGCAUACUCUUAUAACAUUUCGGACUUGGCAGGAUGUCGGCUUUUCAAUGCACUUCUUUUCAAUCUCCUGUAGAAAGCGUACUUCGUAAAAAAUGACUACUUAAGUAGCAUGCAUUUUUCCCAUUGAUUUUCGAUGGUUUUGCAAAUUCAAAUAUAUUUUAUAGAAACCAUAAAUAAAAAUAUGCUUUCUUUUAGGCAAUCACUAAAGAAUCAUAUCUUCUUUAUAUUUUAUACUUAAGAAAGAAUUAUAAUCAGGUUUUAAAAAAGUUUCUAAUUAUGAGACUUUUUAAGAUCGCGAAAUGUCCAUUCACAUAGCAUCGUACCUGGACGUUUACCACUGCUUCUCAUGAAAUGUACAACAUGGUCCGCAUCCAUUGCAAAAUUUUAUGGACCCUGUAUGAUAUCUCUUUAAUGACAUAGAAGAAUAUGGGAUUUUCUUUACGCGGAACGCAUGCACCUUGUAGAGUGUAAUCAAUAAGCGCUAACGCAACGAAUGAUCAGGCUCCAAAUUUUUCGGCAAUUAGAAAACUUUUUUAAAACCUUACUAUACUCCUUCCUUAAGUAUAAAGCAUAAAGUAGACGUGAUUCUCUAUUGAUUGACUAAAAGAAAACAUAUUUUUGUUUGUGGUUUCUAUAAAAUAUAUUUGAAUUUGCAAGACCAUCGAAAAUCAAUGGGAAAAAUGCAUGCUACUUAAGUAGUCAUUUUUUACGAAGUACGCUUUCUACAGGAGAUUGAAAAGAAGUGCAUUGAAAAGCCGACAUCCUGCCAAGUCCGAAUUGUUAUAAGAGUAUGCCGCAAGAUAGUCAGUAUUACAACCGUGACCAAGUAACCCUUCCUAAUCGAAAAUGCAUUUCAGAAUUUCAGCUAACAUUUCAUGAGAUAGGUCAUUCACACAAGAUUGUAUAUUGAGGCUAACCGCCAGUCUAUACGUGCGUAGACUAGUUGUUUGAUCGACUCAAGAAACAUUUUGGGGUCAGGCCAUGAUUCCGUCAACAGUAGUGGAUUAAAAGCCAACUGACGAAGGCCCAGACAGAACCAUUUUGAGUCCAUGUGAAUUCCUGGCUACAAGAAACACAUCGGAAAGUAGGCAAAGAGGACACGACAGUUCAACCGUCGCAUCCGACGAUGUCCACCGUAUGCUCCACAGCAGGGUGGGAGCAGGGACGGUGACUUACGCAGGAUUUAUAGUGAGAGUAGACCUGCGCUGCAUCUACCGCACUCUCUCCUCCUUCCCCACCUGAGGCCGGCGUCAAGACAGAGUCAAGAAGACCGGAGAUGGGGGGACAACGCUCAUCAAAACAACGCUCAUCAGAAGAGACUUAUUUGGUCUCUGACCCUUCCAACAGCAAAUUCGUCUUUUCUUCAUAGGUGGCAGGUAGGUCGGAGUGGUGGCGCACAACCAAGUAAGCAGGGGGUAAGUGAAUUUGGCGAUUAACUGAGCGAGUUUCUGACAGUUACACAUCUGACUCAGUGGCUAUUGUCUUUGUCCACGACCUCGAAUGCAUCUAGGUUGCAAUCGCGGCCAACUUUGGCGACAAGGAUCCCACCUGCGACUUUGAGUGUGACCCCUGAAGCUCCAGCUGGUGCCUGAGCUUCAGCUGUGGGCCGGUUUGCCAAACUUCCUCGGGUAACUAUCGGGAGAUGGCCCCAAAAAAUCCGCCCAACCAAAGCAGCCUGUCUUACGGGCCUACGGCUAUCGUUUCACAACUGUCCAUAUGUAUGGGGCCAUAGAUUGAGCCGCAUACCUACAACCGAAGGAACUACUUGCUUUCUUCAUAGCUCGUUUGCAUCUGUUUGGUGAAGGGGAUUUCAUGCGUCUUUGCGAUAGGAACAAUCGGGCUCCCAGACUCCAUUCGGUAAGUAGUUCCAUCGAAAACGAGAAUGCGGAAGAAGGUGGUUCGGGCCAACGAGAGAUAAAACACUCAGUGCGUGACGAAUGACUAAUCCACAGUCGGCACUGGCAGCAUACACGAUCAGUCUGGAGACACCUUGGACUCGCGGACUGUGCAUUGGCUUCGCAUGUCUUCGACUACGGACAAGCGAACCUGCCGUUUGCCAGGCCAUCUGCUAAUCACAUCCUAUUUUACUGAUCCACUGCGAAUGGGAUAUGCGUCAAUGCUUUAAAGCACAUUCCGGUUUUCCCCCUGUGCAUUUUUCAUUUCAGUUGUACCCAUCCCCCUAUCCUUACAGCUGGCAGAACUCGAUUCGUCAUGCGCUCUCCUUCAAUGACUGUUUCACCCGGGUUCCACGACCCUCCGGAGAGACCGGCAAAGGCUCCUACUGGACCCUUCAUUCAGGUGCCCUGAGCAUGUUUGAGAACGGUUCCUCAAUUCGACGCAAUCGGAAGUUUGUGGACGAGAGUCGUGUACGUAGGACGUCCGGUGCCGGAGUAUUACGCAGUUCUGCCGGUGGGAAGGCUCCGACUCCCGUAGCCGAGGGAACUGCGUUUAACGAGUUGGCAGCAAUCUCCAAGGUCGACCUCGAAGACGCGAUUGAAGCCAGUGGACAUACCUUCUCCCGCACAGAGUGGGUGAAUGUUCUUUAA